CAAAACAUGAAAUCGAGGUCGGGGUUUAUCAUAUAGGCCAAACCCGAACCGCCGACCACGAACCCGAGCUCCGUUCCCCGCCUAGGGUUUAAGCAUCGCCGGCGGCGACGAGGACUACGAGAAUGGGCGGCGCCACCAGGUUCCUGAUGUUCCUCGCCGCCCCUCUCCCGCAGCGCUGCCCCUCCUUCCCCCGCCUAGCUCGCCUCCACCACCACUGCCGCCAACCCCGCCACCUAUCUUCUCUCACCUCCCGCACUCUCCACCACCACAUCCUUGGCGCUUCUACCCAUCGUCUCCUUCCACUCCGAAUCAAGUCCUCUUCGCAGCAAUUUCACGCUCAGGCUAACGCCGUCAGAGACGACCGUUUCUCCGACGCCGCUCAUCCGUGGCCGGAGUGGCUCAAUCUCAUCAGGAGCUUGUCGGCCGGUGGUUAUAUGCGCAAGGAGGGAUUGGGUGUAGUGGCGGCGCGGGGAAUUGGCGGCGAGGCCGAGUUCGUGGCUGGCGUGGAAUUGCAGGAGGAGUUCCUUCGCGCGGCUGAGGCUGGCUUGGCUUUUGCAAGCGAUCGGCCUCAUCUUUUGAGGGCACUCUCAAAGAGAGAUAUUGAGGUGGUGGUCGAAAAUGGAGCUCCUUUUUUGUUCAGGAAUGCUGAUGAUUCCAUCAGAAAAAUGAGGGCGUUUAUGAGUGGGGAAGAAGUUGGUAUUGUUGAUGGCGAUAAAGCGCAAACAAUUGAUCUGAUGAGGUUUAUAUUGAGUUAUGCCUGCAGUCCCACCACACCAGAAAAAAGUGACUUUGGUAAUCGAAAUUUAAUUGCAUCAGUACGGAAUCUGCUACAGGAGAUGGCAAAUCCAAGUAAUUUUGCUCCACCAUUGAACUUUGCUGGUUCUCUCGAGAACCAGUUCUCUGGUGGCUAUGGACAAAUUCCUAGGCCCCGUAGGCCAGAUAUUGAAAUGAAAAGAGGUGAUUGGAUCUGCCCAAGGUGUAGUUUUAUGAAUUUUGCGAGAAACAUGAAAUGCCUUGAAUGUGAAGAGGCUCGACCAAAGCGACAGUUGACAGGCAGAGAGUGGGAGUGUCCUCAAUGUGACUUCUUCAACUAUGGGAGGAAUCAAGUAUGCUUGAAAUGUGAAUGCAAGCGUCCUGGAGAGAUUUCAUCCACUGUACCAUCUGGAUUUGGUUUAAGUCGUGGUACUGUUGAAAAUGAUAAUAAAAUUGACUUUGAGAGGAGAUUAGCUGCCAAUGCAGGGAAGGCACCAAGCUUGUUCAACAAAGUUUCACAAGUAGAUGGCACUACAGGCAUUUACAGUGCUAUAGCUGAUGAAGAUUUCCCUGAAACUAUGCCACCGAGGCAAGGAAUGACCAGAAGUAACUUGACUGCUGACGGAACUCCAAAUAUUGAUGAUAACCGAACUUGGAAUGCAAAUAAGAGACUUGAUUCACCUUUUUCCAAGUCAUCAUCUCCACAGCAAGGACAGACUAGAGGAAACAAUUCUGGUUAUGUUCCUUUUGUGCCUUUACCUGCUGACAUGUUUGCAAAGAAACCCACAAAUUCUGAAACUGCAUCAGACAACUUGGUGACAGAUGGAGCUGCUUCUCUAGCUUCAAAUGCCAGAAAUCAAGGUUCUUCUGUUUCUGGAAUUAACUUCUCUGGUAAAUCAGGAGCUGGUCAACUGUCUUCUUGCGAGCCAGUUAUCCAUACCGAAAGCCAAGAUGGAGGAGAAGAAAAUUCUGAGAGAUGGUUUAGGAGAAUUGCAGAGUUACAUGAUGCUCGAGAUCUGCCAUCUGCCACUUCUGAUGAACAUUUCCCUGAGACCAUGCCCAUGCAUAAGCGAGAGAACCGAUCUGCAGUUGGAAGGAUGAAAGAUCAUACCUUGACUUCUCCAACAUACAAGAGACGUGCCGCAACGGAACAAGGUAACAAUUCCAACUUUGUUCCCUUUGUGGCAUUCCCACCUGGGUCCUUUGCUAGGAAGGAAUACCAGCAGCCUCACAGUGCCUAUACUACUAAUUUUGAUACAAAAUCAACUCCUGCAUCUCCAGGGGAGCUUCCACUGGAGGCAAAUGAUUCAAGUUCGAUGCUGCCUAAUCGCAAUGAGCAACCAAUGGAAAACCAGCAUAUUGAUGGUGGGAGCUUGAAUAUAAAACCUCCUGUAGAGAAUUCAACUCAAAAUAGUUCAACCAUGACUAAAGGGGCAAAUAAUAUAGGGACGCUGCAGGACUUUGGCAAUCAUCAGACAAGCAGCAGGAGUGGUGUUGGAUCGUUUCAAGCUGGUAGAGAUACAAGAGAAAGGACAAAUCUGGUGAGCAGUUCACGCCAACCAUCAGAAAGUUUGAAUGUGAGAGAGCAGUGGAGAGGUAAGAGCUUGGAGGGUUCAGCCGUGAAAGAACCUAAUCCUUUGGACAUGUCAGAGGAGGCAAAGGCAGAGAGGUGGUUCCGACGUGUUGCCCAGAUUAAGGACAUUUCAGAGCUGAGCCAAAUACCAGAUGAGGAUUUUCCAUCAAUAAUGCCAAUGCGGAAAGGAGUAAACAGGUUUGUGGUGAGCAAGAGGAAGACGCCAUUAGAGAGGAGGCUGACUUCUUCUCAGUAUAGAAGGAAUCUCCCGGUUGUGACCUCUGAACCUGUGAAAAACGAAAAUGAGAAUAAGUGAUAUCCAGGUUUUCCAACUGUUUUGAUGCUUUGUAAAAUCAUUUACUUGGCAAUUUUUUUUUUAAAGUUAAUAGUUUACUUCAGAAAGUGAUUCUUUAUCUAUUUACAAAGUCCGCAGAAAACAUCUCGAGCCUUCAGGUCUCAGCUUAUGAUUUCUUAAGGCGCUUCGUACCUCUUGUGCCAUUGCUUAUAGUCAAUAUAACAAGGGGAGAU